GGCUUCUUGAUAUUAAUAGUGUUGGUGUCUUGAAACUGACGUAAUGCUUGGAGUCUGAGGUCCUGACAAGCGAUAACAUUUCUGAUAAAGAAUUGAGAUCACUGCAAACUAACCUUCUAUUUUUUUCCAUCCAGACACAGGCGUUUUUAAUAUUAAACACAGUCACCCCGAUUCCAAUUGCAUAGGAGAAAUUUGAAAUCUUAAAUCCCCUCAAACAAAAAGAGAAAUAAUACCCCGAGAUCAACAAACAAACACAAAGACGGUUCAUGGCUUACGCCAAAGCUCCUCCAUCUUUCAGACUGCAAAGACUAUUGCAAUUUAAUCAACAGCUUUCGUGACGUGUACAGCAAUUGAACCCUGGACCAUUUGUACCUGCAGUCUCCUUUGAAGAACUGAAUUGAAGAGAUCGACAAAACAAAAUAAAAGAAAAAAAAAACAAAACAAAAAGGAAUGCAUUUAAAUCAGCUAUGGACAUGGAAUAAAGGAUACUUGAAAUCAGCACCAGAGCUUUGGAUAUUGUGGCAGUAUACAAAUGCCUCAUUUCUUGUGGAAUCAUUAGAAAUCAUGCUCUAAUCCAGUCUCUCAGCAGAGAUAUGGUGCGAAAAAAGAAUCCCCCUCUGAGGAGCUUCGGUGGUGAGGAGCCGGAAGGAGAAGCGGCUGUGGGCGAGUCGGCGAGCGUGGGGAGCGAGGACGGCGCGGCGCGGGGCAGGAGCAGAGACGCGACAGAGCCCAUGCAAGACGAGCCCAGGCCGGGCGAUGUGCUGAUGCCAGACAAGAAGGAGGAUCAGUAUGCGCUGGUCUUGGAGCCCUCUCCCAGCAUCAAAAGGGACUUGAAAAGCGCGGCGGCGGCAGCAGAGAGCGAGAGGCCUGGCUUCAAUUAUGAAAGCCACAAGAAGGGCGGAAAUGUUCCGUCCUUCCCCCGUGAUGAGGUGACAGACAGAAAUAUGCUGGCGCUCUCAUCCCCAGCUGCCGGGGGCGUCUGCGACGGGCCCGAGUCUCCGGCAAGAUCAGAACCAGAUGAAGACGAGGGCCGGGCCUGCAGCCCAGCCCGGGACCCGGGGGAGGGCCGAAAGGGAGGGGACGACGAGGAGGGGCCGCUGCACUCGCAGGGCGGGCCUGGCGUCAUUGUCCAGGGCUGCCCCGAUGAUGCCGCCGCCGCCGCGGAAGGGGACCUCUCCCACAGCCCGUCAACGCAGCUGGCCACAGAGCCUGUGGGCGAGGCCAGUAGAGCCAGACCCAAAGAGCCGCCUCACCUGCCCCACCUGAGCAGGAGCAGAGAAGAUGGGGCCUGCCUGCCAAACGUCGAUGUGGACGUGGAUGAAGGCGCCCAACAGCCCUCCUCACCCAAACUACAGGACUUUAAGUGCAACAUCUGCGGCUAUGGUUACUAUGGCAACGACCCUACAGAUCUGAUCAAGCACUUCCGCAAGUACCACCUGGGCCUGCACAACCGCACACGGCAGGAUGCAGAGCUCGAUACCAAGAUUCUGGCGCUACAUAACAUGGUGCAGUUCUCUGCCCAGAGCCACACCAAAGACCUUCCCCGCCUGCAUUCCCACAGUGUCCUCACCGGGGUACUGCAGGACAUGGGGUCCCCCCGGCCCCUGCUGCUCAACGGCACCUAUGAUGUGCAGGUGACUCUGGGAGGCACCCUCAUUGGAAUUGGCCGGAAAACCCCAGAUUGCCAGGGGAACACAAAGUACUUCCGUUGCAAGUUUUGCAACUUCACCUACAUGGGCAGCUCUUCAGGCGAGCUGGAGCAGCACUUCCUGGCCACUCAUCCGAAUAAAAUGAAGUCUCAUCUGCCCUCUGCCCACCCUGAAGGCAAGUCGCCUGAGAAGAGCGACAGCAAGGGCAAUGGCCUGCCCCGCAGCGGCUCAGACGACGGCGAGGCGGGGCGGUGGGCCGACCGGGUGGCUGUCAGAGCGGAGGAUGACACUAUCGCCGGAUACUCGGUCCCAAUCCAAGGUGCAGACUCCCAUGGCCAGAACAACGUGGAGGGCAGCCAGGCGGGGUAUUACUGGUGCAAAUACUGCAGCUUCAGCUGCGAGGCGCCCACUGCACUGCACCUGUUGGAGCACUACGAGAAGAAGCAUUGCCAGGCCGGUGCGACAGACCGCACCUCCCGAGAGGACUCCAUCCGAAGUGACGGGGACCCGCCCUCGAAGAGGAAGGAGGCCCUGAGCAAGGCAGUGGUGGCUGACCCGGAGACCGUUGUCACCAGCUACAACUGCCAGUUCUGUGACUUCCGGUACUCCAUGAGCCACGGGCCAGAUGUGAUCGUGGUUGCGCCUCUCCUCCGGCACUACCAGCAGGCUCACAGCAUCCACAAGUGCACCAUCAAGCACUGCCCCUUCUGCCCCCGCGGCCUGUGCAGUCCAGAGAAGCACCUGGGCGAGAUUUCCUACCCCUUCGCCUGCCGCAAGAGCAACUGCUCGCACUGCGCCCUGCUGCUGCUGGAGCUGUCCUCUGCCGGCCUGCCCCAAGCCAAAGUCAAGCACCUGUGCGACCAGUGCUCUUACUCUGCUGCCGACAUCGACCUCCUCCUUCUGCACUAUGACAGCGUCCACAGUGCCCAUGGGGUCCUGGAGAUCAAGCCGGAGGAGGAGCCUGCCCGCCUGGAGGCUGGGGUCACCCCUGCGAAGGAGUUGAGUAACCGCUCCUGCACCAAGUGUGACUUUGUCACCGAGGUUGAGGAGGAGAUUUACCGUCACUACAGGAGAGUACAUGGCUGUUGUCGUUGCCGCCACUGCAGCUUCACAGCAGCUGACACUGCCGCCCUACUGGAGCACUUCAACUCUGCACACUGCCAGGACCCUUUGGACUCCUGCUCUUCCCCCACAAAUGGCUGCUCUGUUCCCUCCAACAUAAGCAUCAAGGAAGAGACUAAAGGCGACCUGAAGCUAUACAGCCUGGUGCCACCAGAGGCCCGGCCUGCGGAGGUGGGGGUCGGUGUGGAGGGGAUGAAGAGGGAGGCCCUUGAUGAGAAGGAGCCGCUCAGGGAGAAGGUCUGGGGGGAGGCUGCUGGUGUUGGAGGAGGUGGGGGAGUGGAGCAGGCGCGUGGUCUGCUGUGGGUGCCCAAGGAAAGGGCAGUGGAUAUCUUGAGGGGAAGUCCUCUGCCAUACAGCCAAGGCACCUUAGGCCUUCUCAACGCGGUCGCCGUCUCUCAGGAGCCUCACCAGCAGAAGACCCCUAUGCUCAGGGACUCCCCUGGUCUGGUGUUUGGCCUUGGCACAGACAGCAAGGGCUUCAUGCAGGGGGCGCCUCCAAGUGGAACGGAGAAGGCCAGUCAAAUGACGCAGCAAUACAGCACCACAACAGACAGCAAGUCCAACAAGGAGGAGUCGCAGUCACUUUUACGGAGACGACGUGGUUCAGGAGUCUUUUGUGCCAACUGCCUGACCACUAAGACUUCUCUCUGGAGGAAGAAUGCCAAUGGUGGAUAUGUAUGCAACGCAUGUGGCCUGUAUCAGAAGUUGCACUCGACUCCAAGACCGCUGAACAUCAUCAAGCAGAACAAUGGCGAGCAGAUCAUUCGCCGGCGCACGCGUAAACGCCUCAAUCCCGACUCCCUCCCUGCUGAACACGUCAGCUCCAAGCAACAUCGCGUCAGCAGUGAAGAGCAGGUGAACGGCAGCCCCCUGGAGCGGCGGCCAGAUGACCCCAGCCCUGAUGCACCCCCCCGCGGCACCGAGCUCCAGCCCCCCCUGGGCAAGUACGAGGCCUAUGGCCCCUCAGGGGGCAAGGGCCACCCCAGCCCUCACUCCACCCAUGCUUUCCUGGUCAACCAGACCCUGGAGAUUCACAAGCGCAUGCCGCCUUUGCACACACACAAAAGCCCUCAGGAUGGCGGGGCAGAAGGAAAUGGGAUCGGGGCCAUCGUGGGGGUGGCCGCAGAAGGCAAGAGUGGUUCAGAGCGGGGCAGUCCAAUCGAGAAGUACAUGCGCCCUUCCAAGCAGGCCAGCUACUCACCUCCUGGUAGCCCCAUCGAGAAGUACCAGUACCCUUUCUUUAGCCUGCCCUUCAUCCACAACGACCUGCAAAGUGAGGCCGACUGGCUGCGUUUCUGGACUAAGUACAAAAUGUCGGUCCCGGGGAACCCACACUACCUAAGCCACACCCCUGGCCUACCCAGUCCUUGCCAAAGCUUUGUGCCUUACCCAGCCUUCAGCCUGCCUCCUCACUUUGCCCCUCCUGGCCCGGAAAACGAUAUUCCCCUGGAUCUGGCAAUCAAACAUUCCAAACCAGUCCCCACGGCCAACGGAGCCAUCAUCAAGGAGAAAACCCCAGCUGCAGAGCAAACCCUGCCCACGGGGGAGAAGGAGAUGGCAGAGCAGGCAUUGGUGGCACCAGCACCGGAGGAGACCGUGGCGGAGGUGGCAAGCCCGCCACCUGAGAAAAUGGAAAAGGGCACUCAGGACGAGCUGUCGAGCAAGUGCGCUCACUGCAGCAUCGUCUUCCUGGACGAGGUCAUGUACGCCUUGCACAUGAGCUGCCAUGGCGACAGUGGGCCGUUCCAGUGCAGCAUCUGUCUGCAUGCCUGCGCAGACAAAUAUGACUUCACCACUCACAUACAGCGUGGUCUGCACAGGCCCAUGAGUGAGACAAAUGCCAAGACCCCAAAGGAAUGAACCGUAGCCACACAAAAUAGCACUUCUAGCACAACUAACAUAAUUAAAGGAAUGAAAACCUAAACAGAAUAAGCAACAUUAAAAUAAAAAAUGUGUUUGGGUUAACAGUGCAGUGGUGGCUUGUGGUGGUUUAGCUGCCAGAGUAGGAAACUAAUGACAUUUUAACAUUUAUAUGGGGUUUGAUGUAAAGCUAUUUACGAUUUAAUUUUUUUUUUAAGGAAUAUUCUUUUUGGAAAAAAGGUACAAGUGACUGUUCAUUGUUUCUUUUUUGUAAUUAUAAAACAUUAACUCUGACAAGGCAGUUCAGCAAAACAAGGUACAUCUGCACAUUAGUGGAAUUAUUUCAGUGGGGUCUUCUUUUGUUAAGAUAUCUGUUUACCUGUCUGGAGGGAUUUUUCCAAACAAAAAGAGAAUGUGUCCAUUUGCUUUGAGUGUAGGGCACGCGUGUUAGGCAUGCUCCCUUCAUCAUCACACUGAAAUCAUAUUGGCUGAAUUAUGUCUCAGAAUAUUCACAUCGUCAUAAGAACGCCCUCAGGGAAUGCAUUUAGCUGAGUGAGACAAAUUCAGGAUUUCAGUUGUAUGUCUGUUGACAGUUAACAUCAAAACAGGCUUUUGUGUAUUGAUAUAUGUAACAUUUUACGUCUGCAGUGUUUUAUGUGUGUUUUUACAUAGGGACAACAUAUGUCACAGAAUUCGUUCUAAACGUUAAGCUGCUGCCUUAGUUGCUGGGAAUCAAAUCUUAUAUCACUAAAGAAAUUUGGAAAGGAGCUCGUAAAAAAGUAUUUUUUUCUAAUUUGUUAAUAAGGAAAUCCUAAUAUCAGUGCCUGAUAUAUUGUAUUAAAUAUUUUCUACCUGGUAUGUUGAUAUGCAACAAUGAAUAUACAUCUGUUGAAUAAGGGCCAUACGUCUGGCUCUGAGUAACUGUUUACAUUUGCAAAUGUAGCAAACAAUGUAAUGAAGCAACCUUUUAUUUCUGGACUUAAACCGUUUUUGUCUCCACAUGGAGUCUGGAGAUGCUGUUGAUAAACGGAUGCCUUCAUUUAUUUUUCAAAGGUUUAUAAGAAGGAGAAAACGAAUAGCUACACCAUAGAAAGUGAAUGCACUGUCCAUUCCAAGCAAUGUCUUUUCACCCAGUUUCUGAGUACGUGUUGAUAUUGUUUAUAAUACAUACCAAUUUAUUACUUGAUCCUACACUUUCUUUUUUUAUGACUACAUCAAAGAAUGAAUUCAAAGGCUGGAGAUUUAUCUUUGUGGCCUGUCAGCACACUAUUACUGAGUUCACUCUUCCUGCCACCUGCCUGUGUUGUCACUGGGCAAUAGUGUUCAUGCCAGAUUUGGUUUCAUUUUCCUGGUUUUAAGUCCUGGUUUCGAAUCCCACUUUUAUUUUUAAUUUUUAAAAAUGUUUUAAUACUGUGUUUAUAAGGUAUGUAUUAUUGUGAAUUUUUUUAUAAAUUCACAGAUUUUUAAAAAGACAGUGUGAUAAUAGUACAUUCUAGAAAUGAAAUGAAACGUGCUUUAAACGGCACACUUUGGUAAUUAUAGAAUGUUCCAAUAAUCACUAAGAUCAGGUGAUUUAGGUGCCUUUAGGGUGAUGGCAAAUAUUAAAAACAUGCAUUCACCGUAGUUUUCAAGUUUUUCACAGCAUUUCAACAAAAUAUUAACAUAUUGCCUACAUCAAUACACUUGACACUCCACAUCAAACUUGAGUUAGAAUUUUUAUUUAUUUGUUUGUUUUUUAACAGGCUCACCUUAAAAUUUGAAUCAAUCAACAUUCACUAAUAGUGAAUAUUUCUUAUCUCAGUGGCUCCCUGCACCUUAGCAGGAACUCCACCAUCAAAAAUAAUUUGGAUCCACUGUCAACACAGCUAGCUGGGUAAGUGUUAAUAUGGAAUAUGCCAUAGGUGUUGAGAUGUCCAUUGUUUGUAACUGUGGUGAAUCACAGGGUUUUGUGCUGUCUGAUUUCACAGAUGGCCAGCUAAAGAGGGCCGGUGGCCAGACUGAACCCCUCAGUUGCAAAAUUGACUGUGAUUUCAGAUUAUAAUUAGGCAUCUUAAAUUGCAUGGAGCAUAGAGUGUGGUGACCUAUUAAUUAAAAAAAAAAAACUCAAAUAGAAAUUAACUUGUUGCCAAAAUGUCUAGUUAUUCCUAUUUUUUUCCUGUGCAUUGAAACUUUACUUUAUCAGGAUAAUGUCAUCAGGAAAUGGUGGGUGCCUUCAAACCUGUUAUUUUGUCUGACUGUGCAUAAAUUUGCAAGAGUGUAUCAACGUUUAAACUUUUUUUUUUUUCGUAUUUUGUUUUUUCAAGUUUUGAAUUUUGAGAUGAAAGGCAGCAGUAAAUGAGUCUUAUACAUUUUUGGCUGGGUGUAUACACAUACAUACAUAUUUAUUUCCACGUAAGCAGUGGAGAGAGAUGUCGCGGAUGUCUCAAGUUUGCUGGGUCUGCAAGGAGAGCCAGGAACUCAAUAAAGCCUUUGAAUGCUGCUUUAGUGCCAAUGCCUCCUCUUGUAAAAUAUAAAGAACAAAUGCAUUUCUAGGAUACUGAAUAACAUAAGGAACCUUUCUUUUUUUCUUAAUUUCAAACUAUUAUGUUUUAAUUUAAACUAUUUUAAUGCUUGCACUUCAGUUAUUCAUUUGUAUUGCCAAGGAAGAAAGAUAAAAUGUGUAAUUAGCAUGCUACGUACAGGUACUGCAUCUUAAUUAGCAAAAAUGAUCGUAAUAUUUAACGGACUUACCUUAAGGCUUGAGAAACAAAAACAAGUAAGAAUUUGUAUGAAGAACUCCAGAAACUGUAAGCCAGUAAAACAUGGAAAAAUGGCUAAAUAUGUAAAUGUUUUAACCAUAAUUCUAGUUUUUGUUCUUUUUUUUUUUUUGUUAUUUUUUGUUUGUUUUUUACACUUUACAGUGCAUAGAUCAUGGUUUUAGUUAUGUUUUUCUGCCGCCACCUAAACUUUUUUUAUUGUGUUGUAUGUUCUACAUGCAAAAAAUAAACAAAUAUCAGCAAAGAUAGCAAAGAUGUCUGUUACAUCUAAACUUGAAUAAUAAUAAAGUAAUAACAAAAUA